AUGGUAAGAACGAACACGGAGAACUUGGUGAUCCGGCAUGACUGGUUCCAGACCAAGCGUCGAGUCCUCACUGUGCCCACGACCUCCGGCCUUGAGUCGGGUGACCCGCCCCACCGCUCCGUCUGCUCGGCGUGCGCCUGUGCCUGGUGCCACAGCGGCCGACUGCUCGGGGAGCGCGUGGCGCGGGCCAAGUCGGCCGUGCGCGUCCGCCUGGAGGACCGCUUCAACAGCAUCCCUGCCGAGCCGCCGCCCGCCCCGCGCGGCGCCGAGCCCCCCGAGGCCGGCGUGGCGCUCAACAACUUGGUAACGCUUAUCCGACAUCCUUCCGAAUUCAUGAACGUCCCUCUUCAUCAGCAACAAAACAAAUGCACGACGUUGGUGAAAAAUAAAACCGCGGCAGCCACCACCGCUUUACAAUUUACGUGCCCUCUGUUCACGGCGAAUGCCUGCUCUGCUGCCGGGGGUUCAAGCCUCUCACAGACGCAGGGUUCUGGUAACCCGUGUUCUAUACUGGAAGCUGCCAAGCAUCAGGACAUUGGAUUGCCUAGAGCAUUUUCUUUCUGUUACCAGCAGGAAAUCGAAUCCACUAAACAGACUUUGGGCAGUAGAAACAAAGCUUUGCCUGAGCAGGUUUGGAUUAAAGUAGGAGAAGCAGCCCUGUGUAAGCAAGCCGUGAAUAAGAGGAGUCGGAGUAGACUGCGUCAGCUGGACACAAACGUAGAACGAAGAACCCUUGGAGAGAUUCAGAACGUGGGCGAAGGCUCGACCGCCACACAGGGCGCUUGGCCGCCCGCGGAGUCCUCGCAGGCAAACCUUGGGGAGCAGACCCAGAGCGGGCCCCAGGGAGGAAGGUCGCAGCGUAGGGAGAGGCACAACCGCAUGGAAAGAGAUAGAAGGCGCAGAAUCCGCAUUUGCUGCGAUGAGUUGAAUCUCUUGGUCCCGUUCUGCAACGCGGAGACGGAUAAGGCAACCACCCUGCAGUGGACCACGGCGUUCCUGAAGUACAUUCAGGAAAGACAUGGAGAUUCUCUUAAAAAGGAAUUUGAGAGUGUGUUUUGCGGUAAAACUGGCCGAAGGCUCAAGUUGACCAGACCGGACUCCUUGGUGGCGCGUCCCGCACAGGAGAGCCUACAGAGCAGCCCGGCCAUGGAUGUCAAGUGACCGGAAGGGACCGCUAGCUCCCGGCGGUGGCGGCUGCUGCCUGGGGCCCCGAGUGUCCGUGCAGCCCCGGAGCCCCGGCGGUCUGGCUCUGGGGGACGUGAGUCCAGUUGGGGGGCCUCUAGUGGGGACGUUACAGCACGUUUGUAAAGAUGUUUGUCUAGAACAAAAUACUUAGCCAUUCGUGUCCUCUUAGACCAUUUGGGGAUGAAGACAUGUUGACAAUUAGCAAGAAAAUUUCAAUUAUCUGCCUGAUUACAUCAUGUUUUCUUAACAUGAUAACUUCAAAAAUUAACAUCCUUCGUAAUUUCCUUAGUCUUCCAAGGUGCACUGCUUUUUACUUAUUUUAUUUACAUUUUAAAUAUGCCCGCUUAGCAAUUGGAACAAGUUAAAUUGUUCUUAAUUAGAAGUAGUUUGGAAAUUUUACUCCUUUGUUUCUCCCCCCCCGUGCUGACUUGGGACCGCGUUGUGAAAUGCGGUCCGUGUCCAGCCUUGCUGCUGGACAUUUUCCAGAGACUCCCUUUGAAGCCACUUUUGUCCAUAAAUGAGAUAUUGUCACAGUGGAUUCCUUCAAUGCCCUCAUUUUCAUAUUGAGAGUCAUUACUUUCUGUGUAAUAAACUGUAGUGUUUGGAACUGAGGUUUUCACACGAGUGGCUUUAUUUAUCACAACAGGGUAAUAGCAGUAGACUGUCUCGCAAUACAGAGUCACCGUCAGUAAACACUGCUGACUGGAGACGGUCCGAAGUGUGUACACAAAAGCAGCAGGUAAAUCAGACUAGACCAUGUGGGGGUACCGUACGUGAAACCCUGUAUUUAUUAGACCGAGUGUCUGCGGUUCAUCUGCCGUCUCACUGGGACUCUGUCUUAGUCUUUACACAAGUGCCGUGUAAACAGGUUGCUAUUUUAGGCCUCGUGGAAUCGCACACAAGUUUGCAUAUGUGCGCCCUGCACCCCUCUGAGACGGGGGUCUAGUUGGCGCACACGGGGGCCUGUGUCAGAGGGACGAUGUGACCGCUGACGGACCCUUGUAAAUGCGCAUAGAGACAACACUGGACAACAGCUCGAUGAAGGACGCUCUCAGGGACCACGUGUCCGGUCCGCUGCCAUUGAGGACACGAGGGGCAGGCCAGGAGGGCUGCGAGGGCCAUCACGGAUGCCAUGUUGUCCCCUCCCCCACAGCGCGCUGCCGACUUCCUGGCGUCCUUCCAGAGCUCCCUGCUGGCGUCGGCACCACCUUCUCACUUCCUUCGGUUAUGUUUUAGGAGCUUCUAGAACCUGAUUUUUCCCCGCCGCCUCCCAUCACGGCUCCUUGGCAGGCCGAGGUGUCACAGAUGCCGGGGGUCCCCUGAGCACCGACAGCACCAGGGAGGCCAGGAUCACCUGGAGGCCCGGGCUCGCCGUGGGCCCCAUCGCGGCCGUCUUUGCUAACGCCUGGCACGCCUUGCGGUCCUUGAGACGGAGCGGGAAGAUAACUGAAUCUACGUGGAUAGAUCUCGGGAAUCUGUUCCUGCUCAGACUUGUACAAGGUCAUUCAGACGGUUCCUGACCAUCUGAGAGGACUUGGCCGAGAGGGAUGUCGUGACACAUGUUCACCACCCAGACACAGCACCGGGUCAAGUCACAACGCGUUGGGAAAGGUGCCCGACAAGAACGCUGCCCGUGACAGGCACCUACCUUGCAGCCCCUGGUCUCCGUCCGGUCCGUCCAGACCCGUGCCCGCCGAGCCUUUGUCUCCUCUGUCUCCCGGAGCCCCUGUCGGAAAGUACCAGACACAUGAGGACCCAGCUGGGGUUGGAAGAGGGACCGCUGGUGUGAUGGCAUGAGCCCCCCGCCAGUGUGUGACCGGCCCUGGGACGGGCAGGGCACCCAUGUGGCAAGCUUUCUCCUGAAGCAAAACGCUCUCCGAAAAGUAGAGCACCGGAACCGGUGACGGUGGUGGAGGCUAGUUGUGAAUUGUACUUUCAGCCUUCAGAUCCCUGCUUGAAGAAACCCGCUGGGUCCGCUGUUGGAAGACAGCAAGCCCCCAUGCCCCGUGCUGGCGCCGGAGAUGCUCAGAGCGUCUUACACUGUUUUUCACAAAUAGACUUAUUUGAUCAGUAAGUUGGCAUGGACUGGAGUCCUGACUUUCACUCCGGAGUUGGGGCCAGGAGGCCGGCUGGCACGGUGCGGGCGGGACGCGGUGCGAACUCACACAGAAGUGGGUGUUAAAGGCCAUUUUGGAAAAGCUCGGUGGCCAGUUCACAGUUGUGUUAGCCAAGUGGCCCGUCUGUGGGCCCGAGCAUCCCGCUGCCGCCUGCUUGGUGGGGACCCGGACGGGCCAGCGCCUGGCAUCAGCGACAGGGCACACCCAUGAGGUCGUCUGGUUUCUUAAUUAUGCUUCCCCAUGCUUACAAGGGAGUUUUGUAUGAUUUUUGCAACAGAAAUGUUCGCGUAUGUCAGUGUUUCUGAAGGCACAUGCUGUGACAUGUAAAUGGGCUCCCGUUUGUUUAUCCCGCACAUUUUGUCUACCCCUCCGCCCCCAAAUGCUGUUCUGAUGGUGUCUGCGGUGCCUGCGGGGUGACGAAGGUGUAACUGAGCUGCGCGGGGGACGCAGCGGCCGACUCACCUCUGGGCCCUGGGUCUCCCAGAUCUCCGGUGGGACCACGGUAUCCAGGGGGCCCUCGGGCACCGGGGUGGCCGAUGGAGCCCGGGGGGCCCGGGGGGCCCGGGGGCCCAGCUGGACCAGGCCGACCUGCGGAUCCGGGUGCUAAAGGCUUCCUCAGGUGAGCAGCUAGCUGUGCAAUUUGUUCUUUGGGAAAACAAAGACGCGAACAUUUAUUUGAGGAGGAUUCGCAAAAGCGCUCCGUGCGUAGCGGAAAAGAUUGAGCCGCCUCCAGCUUGCUUCGGGGCACGAAACUGAGGGACCGCUGCCUUUCUCCCAUGUACCAAGGAGGUUGUCACAGGCCUAAGAGCAGGUGCUCAUUUUAGGGGAGCUCCUUACAAAUCCUGUGAAUCAAAGUGGCCAAGAGAUGGCCACGUGGUCCGUAAAGGCUGGAAGGGUGCAGGUCUCGGUCCCUGCUGACGGUUUCACAGACAUCGAGAACCCCCACUGGGCCCCCCCCUCUGUGUUGAAGCCUGGGGGGAGGGAGCCCCCCAGCGCAGAUGGAGACUGGACCCUCUGGGUGGGGAAGAGGUGGAGCAGGCCGGGGUGCAGGCAGCCCAAGCCGUGCAGGGGUCGAGGGCACUCACCACUGAGCAUCCCUCCGCACAGUUCCCUGAUGUGCUGCUCACUGGCUUCUCGGCCCUGAAAUCACCCCGUGAGUCCAUCAGCAGACUGGGUGCCCCCGCCCCGCCAUCCGUCUCCGAAAACUGACGGAUGCCAACGAACACUGCCCUCAACAGAGGGAAAGACGUACCGGGACUCCGGGUUUCCCAGUGAUGCCAGGCACACCUUGUACUCCCGGGAAGCCCACGGGGCCGGGUGGGCCUGGGAGGCCCUCGACGCCACUGGUGCCGUUGGGACCCUGGAUGCCCUUCGGGCCCAGCUCCCCUCGACUGCCAGACUAGGGGAAAACAGGACAAGGUGGGUUGGAGGCAAGCAGUGCCCAGCAGCCGCCACUGCCCCCCCCCACAGGCCGGCCUGGUGUCUCCUUUGGACUUUGUUGUUGGAACGGCUGCCGGCCGCUUACCUCUCCUUUGGGUCCGACCGGACCACCGGGACCCUGCAAGAGAGCAGUUGUUCGCACGCUGUUAGCUGGUGGCAUUUGCUUCCAAAGAGCCGGGCUGGCGUGGGGGGAGUUGGGGAGGGUGUGAAACAGCCACGAAGCCACCCUCUGACUGCUUCAGGACAUCGAGUGGCGACUGCCUUUUACUCUCCCGGGUAUGGUUUUUACCCCACUGGGACUGUGUUCUGCGCACGGAGGUUUUUGUGACCGACUUUCCUAACGUGUUUUCAGUAGCCAUGUAGCACGUUGCACGUGUUUACUUUGUUCUCUGUCUUCCUCGUUAUUCUAAUAAAUCACGAACAUCUGAA